GUUGUAAAGAAAACAAACAGCCACUCAACUUAAAUUCGAUGGCUGCCGAGCGUCGAACACUUAUCCAUUGGUUUCGCAAGGGACUCCGGGUUCACGACAAUCCCGCGCUGACUCAAAUAUUUAAUAAAGCUAGAGCGUCCCCCGAUAAGUUCUCUGUCCGACCUAUAUUUGUAUUGGAUCCGGGUAUUUUGGAUUGGAUGCAAGUGGGAGCCAACCGUUGGCGAUUUCUCCAACAAAGUCUCUUAGAUUUAGAUAAAAACUUAAAAGAACUUAAUUCGCGUCUGUAUAUUGUUCGCGGCAAACCAGUUGAUAUAUUUCCGAAUUUAUUCGACCGCUGGAACGUAGAGCUACUAACUUUUGAAACGGACAUUGAACCAUACGCUAUGAAACGUGAUAAAGCGGUCCAAGAUAUAGCAGCAGCUCAUGGAGUCAAAGUGGAUACGCAUUGCUCACAUACCAUAUACAAUCCCGAGAUAGUUGUUGCAAAAAAUUUCGGCAGGGCGCCUAUAACUUACCAAAAAUUUCUAAGUGUAGUUGAAAAGUUAAAGUUGCCCAAAGUUUUAGAUAAGCCUCAACGACUGCCCAAUGGAGUGCAGCCGAUCGCAGAUGAACUUGAAGUGGGACAGUCCGAUGUGUACGAAUGUCCAACGUUAGAUCAGUUGGUCAAACGGCCCCAGGAGCUGGGCAUUAACAAGUUUCCAGGCGGUGAAAGAGAGGCGCUGCGUCGUUUAGAUACUUCGCUUAGUGACGAACAUUGGGUCGCUAGCUUCGAGAAGCCAAAUACGGCACCAAAUUCGCUGGAGCCAAGCACUACGGUCCUGAGCCCGUAUUUGAAAUUCGGCUGCCUCAGUGCUCGAUUAGUACACCAACGGCUACAGGAGAUACUAAAGCGGCAUCCAAAGCACUCAAAGCCUCCAGUUUCACUGGUGGGUCAAUUGCUGUGGCGAGAAUUUUAUUAUACGGCUGCUUCGGUCGAGCCAAAUUUCGAUCGAAUGCUGGGUAACGUUUAUUGCCUGCAAAUACCCUGGCAAGAGCGACCCGAUCAUCUGGAUGCAUGGGCUCAUGGACGAACUGGGUAUCCCUUUAUUGAUGCUAUUAUGAGGCAGCUGCGUCAAGAGGGCUGGAUCCAUCAUUUGGCGCGUCAUGCAGUGGCGUGUUUCUUGACGCGCGGCGAUUUGUGGAUUAGCUGGGAGGAGGGUCAACGUGUCUUUGAGCAGUUGCUGCUUGACCAGGAUUGGGCAUUAAAUGCUGGCAAUUGGAUGUGGCUCUCAGCGUCUGCAUUCUUUCAUCAAUAUUUUCGUGUUUACAGUCCCGUUGCUUUCGGAAAGAAGACUGAUCGCACCGGCGCCUACAUAAGGAAAUAUGUUCCUGAACUCGCUAAGUACCCAGCAGGUUGUAUUUAUGAGCCAUGGAAAGCAACUCUUGCGGAUCAGCGUGAGUUUGGAUGUGUGCUGGGCAUAGACUAUCCGCAUCGAAUUGUCAAUCAUGACAUCGUUCACAAGGAAAAUAUAAAACGCAUGAGCGCCGCCUACAAAAUAAAUCGUGAAGUGCGCACGGGCAAACAGGAAGAUGAAAUAGACUAUGAUUCGUCGAUGUCGCUGACUACUAAUAAACGUAAUGCAAGCUUCGAAACUAAGAGAUCAACUGCAAAACGAAAGCGUUAAAUUGAA